AUUCCCAUUUCACCACCCAACGACGCAUCCGAGAAAGACGUUCAGCUUCAAUACUAACAAAGGGUUCAAUCGUCAUUUCCAAUGGAGGCUGCCGCAAAACCGAAGAAGGGCGCCGCGGGGAGGAAGGGCGGCGGCCCCAAGAAGAAGCCGAUCUCCCGCUCCGUUAGAGCCGGCCUCCAGUUUCCCGUGGGCAGAAUUGGCCGUUACUUAAAAAAAGGUCGCUACGCGCAGCGUGUCGGCACUGGCGCGCCGGUGUACAUGGCUGCCGUUCUCGAGUAUUUAGCUGCUGAGGUGUUGGAGUUGGCUGGAAAUGCGGCUAGGGAUAACAAGAAGAACAGGAUCAUCCCGAGGCACGUUCUGUUGGCUGUGAGGAACGAUGAGGAGCUGGGGAAGUUGUUGCAGGGUGUGACCAUUGCUCAUGGUGGUGUGCUUCCAAACAUCAAUCCGGUGCUGUUGCCGAAGAAGACUGGCGGUGAAAAGCCCACCAAGGAGCAGAAGCCGGAAAGCUUUCUGCUUGCAGGACUCUCUUACGACACCAAUGAAACUGUGCUGAAGGAUGCGUUUGAGAACUAUGGCAAAAUAGUCGAAGUUAAGGUAAUAUGUGAUCGCGUGAGUGGAAAAUCAAGAGGAUAUGGAUUUGUGCGCUACUCUUCUGAAGCAGAAGCAAACAAAGCCUUGAAAGAAAUGGACGGCCAGUUGCUGGAUGGCAGGAAUAUCCGAAUUCACUAUGCUCAUUGCUCACAGAGGGGGAAGCAAGGAACUCAGGAUAUGAGAUAUCGGCUGAGUAUUAUCAUGAGAGGACACAAGUUUGAUGGAUGGGGUGCAGUAAGUUAAGUCCAAAAAUUGAAGAUAUGAUACUAUAUUUAGUAGUAUAUCAUCUCAGAGUAAAUUGCUAAGGCUACACUUAAUUUCGUUCACUCAGAAUGUUACAGAAAUUCAUCAACUUUUGUUUCCUGGGAUUCUUAAUUUUCAUACAUCGCGUGAAAAUUAGUCAGAUGUUUCAAUUUUAUUACGAAUAAUGCUAUGUGGCCACAUUAUGGCCAGCCAUAACUUAAUUAAAUAACAAAAAAAAUUGAUUUUUUUUCAAA